UUGGCGGGGGCUCGCCGGCUCUUCCGGACUGUGGGAAGGGGCUGCGCCGGUCCGCUGAGCGAGGCGGGAGUGCAGCUGGCUUUUCAAGGGGCGCCUUGAGGGCAUGGCGGCGUUGCAGUUCGCCGGGCUGGACGACACGGACAGCGAGGAGGAGCUGCCGCCCGGCUGGGAGGAGCGCACCACCAAGGACGGCUGGGUCUACUACGCCAAUCAUUUGGAGGAGAGAACUCAAUGGGAUCAUCCAAAAUCUGGGAAACGGAAAAGAGUUGCUGGAGACUUACCGUAUGGAUGGGAACAGGAGACAGAUGAAAAUGGACAAGUCUACUUUGUGGACCAUAUAAACAAAAGGACCACAUUCCUUGAUCCCAGAAUGGCAUUCACAGUGGAAGAUAAUCCCAUGAAAACCAACGUGAAACAGAAGUAUGACGGCAACACCACUGCAAUGGAAGUCUUAGAGGGCCGAGACCUGAGUGACAAAGUGAUCAUCAUCACAGGGGCAAAUACAGGAAUAGGCUUUGAAACAGCAAAAUCCUUUGCCCUCCACGGUGCCCAUGUUAUUCUCGCCUGCCGAAACACCUUAAGAGCUGAUGAGGCCGUGCGCCAGAUCUUGAAAGAAUGGCACAAAGCCAAGGUAGAAGCAAUCACCUUAGAUCUUGCAUCUCUUCAAAGUAUAUGGGAAUUUGCUGAAACCUUCAAAUCUAAGAAUCUAGCUCUCCACGUGCUAGUCUGCAAUGCUGCUGUGUUUGGUCUUCCUUGGCAAUUAACUGAAGACGGCCUGGAGAGGACCUUCCAGGUGAAUCAUUUGGGACACUUUUAUCUCAUUCAGCUCCUCAAAGAUGUUCUUUGCCGCUCAGCUCCUGCAAGAGUUGUGAUGGUCUCUUCUGAAUCACACAGGUUCACAAAUAUUAAAGAGAACUCAGGAAAACUUGACUUCAACUUGCUGUCACCAUCAAAGAAAGAUUAUUGGGCUAUGUUGGCCUACAAUAAAUCUAAGCUUUGCAAUAUUCUUCUAUCAAAUGAACUGAAUCGUCGGCUUUCCCCCCAUGGAGUUAUCUCCAAUGCAUUGCAUCCUGGAAAUAUGAUCUACACAUCCCUUCAUCACAACUGGUGGUUGUACACCCUCCUGUUUACUCUGGCUCGGCCUUUCAGCAAGUCACUGCAACAAGGAGCUGCCACCACUGUCUACUGUGCUGUCGCAGCAGAACUGGAAGGCCUGGGAGGGAUGUAUUUCAACAACUGCUGUCGCUGCGUGCCAUCGCAACAGGCGCAGAACGGAAUGGAUGCGGCUGCCUUGUGGGACCUCAGCGAGAAGCUGAUCCAGGAAAGAAUUGGCAGGCAGGGCAAAAGAAAGUACUGGACAUUAAUUGCAAAUAACAAUCAAUUACUAAAGUCUGGCUCUCCAGUUCCACUUAAUUUCAGAAGUGCACAAAAACAAUGCGAGAUGGACCCCUGGAUUUAUAAACAGCAUAGAAAAAAAUGCAAUCAAGAUUGAAAUGUUUUCCUGUGUUUUGAUUAAAGUGAGGGCUUUAAUGCCGGCCAUCUGGAUGCCUAGAUGGACUAUGAAAGGCAAAAUCUCUCCGAAGGUUCAAUUAUCUCACCUUGCCAAGAUUAAGGAAACUCCAGGGGGAAAAACUUUGGAAGAACCCACUGUGAAAAUGAAGGAGUCCAAAGCCUUUCAAAUGAUUCCCUUCCUUACCUUUGGCCUGAAUAUUUAGCAGAUUAACAGCCAGGAUAAAACCUGAAGGAGGUGACAGCCUGAUUUGCUGAUGAAAAAUCUUUAGCGCUGAAUGGCUUAUUGUUUUAUACACUAGAGAAGCGGAAAAGCUACAGGUGUGUCUCCUAAUACAAAGAGAAAAGAAAACAAGAGAUUGGAAACCAUUGUGUAAGGAAGGAAUAAAUAGAUCGUGGUUCGUUUUGCACCCAGGUCGUUGUGACACUGAAACAUUUGUAUAGAUCACUUAAAAAAAAGGAAGAAUUGAUUGACAAAGCUAUCCCACUACUCUGUAUCCUAACGCAAUACACAAAAUUGCAGAAAUCUUAUGAGGCUCCCCAAUUACUUUGGCUAGGUUAAAAUGUGAAACUUUCAUUACAGAAGUUACAUAGCCAUGAAAGCCAGUUGGGUGAUCUUGGCUGAUCACUCUCUCUCUCUCUCUCUCUCUCUCUCUCUCUCAUGGGUGGAAGAAUGUAGAAGAGCAGGCAGAGCUGGAGGGUGGAGUUAAAUGCCUCAUCAGUUUAGAAUCCUAACAUUGCCACAAGAGAUCCAACACCAGUUUAGUGCUGAAUGUUAGUCGAUCAAAUUCUUAUGCAUGGGUGUCAGCAAUACAUCUUUCUGAGCUACAACUCAAGCUAUGAUCCUGAUCCUUUGUGCCUGACAAAGAGCCACCAUUUAGUUGAUGGUGAUAUAAGAGGAAGCUAAGUCCUCAGAAGGAAUGUGGGUGUGGUAAACAUCUCAGGAGGGGCCCUCCCUAGUCUCUUAGACAGUAAAAGUGGGUCAGGAGGGAAGAUGCACUUUCAAGUUCUUUUAAUGUAACCUUGCAAUAAAAUCAGAAUGAAUACUUCUAUGUGUGCUUCUUCUUUGGACUACCCUACAAGGUUCUCCUGUAUCACUUGUCUGGCUUGGACUUCGUAGGCUUCUCUCCUUCCCUUGCUUUUUCAUCCUCUUGAUGUCUUUGAUCUCGAAAUACUGUUUGACUGGCAAUCCACUGAGUGAUAACCUGUAGUCUAGAGAUUUCCUUUUGAUUUACUAGUUUAGCUUCAAUGAAACCUCUUAUGUACAUCAAUGAGAAAGGAGCAAAGUUGGAUCUGCUUUUGUGGCUCCCUUGAAAGAUGAAGGAAACCGAGUGAUAUCAUAGUUCCAGCUGCCAGCACGACCCCCAGAUAGACGAGUAAAUAUGAAUUUUAGAGGAGGUCAGCACAACGGCCAAUCCUGCACAAUAACUCAUCCCAUUAGGAUGACAGAAGUAUUAGAAAGUAUUCUCUCAUCUUUAUUCCCUCUGGAAGAGCCUUAGCUGUUCUUAACUAUCCUUCACUCCCCAAGAAAAGCAACGGGUGGGAGACAGUAAAUACAUUUAAGUAACUAAAACAUUGGGGGUGGCUUGUCUCGUCUGUCAAGGAAUAGAAUUGAUGGCAGUCAGAAUCAAUUCCAUACCUACUUGUCCAGGCAGCCUACUCAUGUUUACCCAUUUUCUUUUCUAGUGCUAACUGCUUACAAUGCAAGGCUGAGCCAAUGUUGGCCUGUGGGUUUUUGUUUUGUUUUAAUUUUAAAAAUGUUGAUUAUUAUAGCACAUGACUGUCCACCCCAGUGAUAACUGAGGGAGCUAUUUUUGAACAGGCAGUGAAAAUCAGCAAAAGCAGAGACCUUGAUAAAAACUUCCCAGCAAAACAUGUGCCUUCUGGUCAGCCCAACUAUCUCCUCCUCAUUUAACCUCCCCACAAUUGGCAACUCCAUGGUGACUCAGUUGAAAAGUUAUGGUAUAUUGAGGUUUUAUACUUGUCAGCAAACUUACAGAAGGAGUAAAUAGGCUGGGAAACACAGGCCAUUUUGAGAAAGUGGAGAGGAUCAUAGAAUAAUAAAGUUGGAAGGGACGCUAGAAGUCAUCUAGUCCAACUUUCUGUUCAGUACAGGAUCUAGGAGAUCAUAGUCAGUAAACUGAAAUCUCAUGCUUCAGAGAAAAUGUUCAUUGCCUUCUCAGUCCUCAGAAUUAAAAUAAUAAUAAUAAUAAUUAUUAUUAUUAUUGCAAUAGAGUCUCUUAAAUGGUCCAGUUAACUGAUUAAAAACCAAUAAACAAUGUAUCAGCUAAAAUUAUGAAUUUAUC